AUGACGUCGCUGCUCCCGUUCAUGCCUGUGGAUCUUCCCCGCGUGGACGCACUGGACUCGGAGUCCCCUCCGCGUAAGCGUAUCCCUAAAGAACUCACUGCCCAUGGCACUACUCCGUCAGGCAAGCCUCGGCUAUUCGUGUGCACCACAUGUACGAGAGCUUUUGCCCGCUUGGAGCAUUUGCGCCGUCACGAGCGGUCACACACCAAGGAAAAACCCUUUACUUGUAGCGUAUGCCAGCGCAAGUUUUCACGGCGGGAUUUACUUCUUCGGCACGCUCAGAAGUUGCACGCUGGCUGUGCUGAUGCUGUGAGUCGUUUGAGGCGGAAGCUGCGUGCUGAUGCGAGUGUAGAGCCUGAAGAGCCUCUGCAAGAGCCUGAACAUGAGCCUGAGCCUGAGAUCCACUUCAACUUGGCUUCUUUCGACGAGCGGCGCGACAUUAAGCGUCGCAUGUCACUGCGUGGUCGUGGUGCCUCGUUUUCUGCACAGUCAGGUGGCAACUACGCCAAUGCUGAAGCAUAUGCGCCAGAUUCUGUCGAGUUUUCCACGCCACAACUUCUCCCAACUGGCGAUGACAGCUGGUUGGGCAGCUUGUCCACUAUUCCUGGAAUGGAAAAACGUGAAAGAAAUGGCGAAGGUUUGUUGAGAGAAGGGGGCUUGCUAAGAGACAUCAGCUUGUUGAGAGAUAGAAGCAUGUCUAGGGACGGAAGCAUGGCACGAGACGGGAGCAUUAACGGUGAAGCAUUGGCCAGAGACACUAUGCGCUCCGACCGCUACGACAUGAUAAUGCGGUCCGAUUCUGUGGCUUCUGCAGCAUCCUUUGGUUCCAAUGACGCUGCUCCACCCUUCUCUAUGAACCAAAAUCGCGGUUUUGACGAACCCGACUUUGGUUAUUCUUUCUAUGAUGUGCCCGAUACUGGCCACUUUGCCAAAUCCACACGUCCGCUCUCCCCUAUCCGCCAAGAAGAUGAAGAUGGUGAUCUCACGUGCGAUCCAACCAAUAUGCUUCUUCCAGCCACUGUGACAGAGGGAGUAAACUUUGACCUUGAUUUCUUAAACGACAUUGAUGAGCUUACGCAGGACUUUGAUGUCGGGUCGAAGUUUUUGCCCAAUGGCUACUCCUUUUAUGGCGAUAGCGUGUCCGUUUCUUCAGAUUCAAUGCUGCCUUCGCAACUCGGGCGAGUGGUAUCGCAACCAGGAUAUAACAGGACUCGUCUUUUCACUAAAAACAUGCGCUUAUUGAUCAAUAAAGCGCUCUCCAAGUAUCCAAUAAGCGGCAUCAUGACACCUACGAUCCCGUCUAAUGAGAAGUUGGAGUUUUUCUUGGUCAACUUCAACAAUGUGUUUCUGGCUCACUUCCCCUUCAUCCACCCAUCCAAGUUGAACGAAUACGAAAUGAUGCGCAUGACUGCGGGUGAACUGUCUUCUACAGAGAGUGCAGUAGUUUGCUUGCCUUUGUUGGUGGCUACCAUUGGUGCCUUGAUGGCAAAUAAUAAAAACGAUUCGGAGCAUUUAUAUGAGGCAUCACGCCGUACGAUCCAUAUCUACUUGGAGAACAGAAAGAAUACGGUUUCAGAUCAGUCGGGUCAUACGCUGGCCGUCAACCCGCUCUGGUUAAUCCAAUCUCUUACUUUGUCUGUGAUCUAUGGCUUAUUCUCCGACAAUGAGAACAAUGUAUACAUUGUGAUUCGUCAACUCAACGCAUUGAACUCGUUGGUUAAAACAUCCAUCAAGAGCAACCGCACUACUCUUUUCUCCGUCAACGAAGAAACAGGAAGUAGUCCUGGUGAACUCAGGGCAGCGCAUCAGGAUGCGAAAUUCAAGAGUUACAUCAACAAUCAAUCUCAGAUCCGCAUUGUUUUCAUGAUCUACAAGCUUACAAACUUUCUUUUGAUGAUGUACAACGUGCCUCUCACUUUAAGCGUGAACGAUUUCGGUUCUUUGACAUGCCCUAAUAUUUAUGAUGAAUUCUUGUGGAACUUCUCGUCUUAUAAGGAUUUUGAUGACUAUGCACAUUCAGUGGGCAGCAAAAAUGACUUGGACUUCUACUUGAAUCACAGUGAAAGUGACAAGAUAUUGUUCAAAGAGGUCUUGUUCAAGCUCUCGAAGAGUGAGUUUGACCCGUCUCUCGUUACUCAUAUUUCUACCUUGAGCAAGUAUGGAUUCUCUUCCCUCGUCCAUGGCAUUUUUGAGAUUAAGCAAUACGAAGAAAUGAAAAAUAUCGACGUUUUUUCCAUCUUGGACAACUUGACACUAUUUAUUGACAACUCGAGGAAUAAUAGCGAAGUAUGCUCAUUCGCAAGUUACUCGGGCGACUAUCAAAAGCUAGAUUAUGUAUUAUUGGUAAACUUCACCAAAAUAUGUGCUGUUAUCGAUUUCAAGUUGGUGAAGGAACAAAGCUGGUUACGAAACUAUGAAGAACUCACUAAGAACUACUAUAAUUUCCUCAAAUCGAUGGAGCAAAUUGAAGAUUACCAAUACAUGAGAGUCAUUGAUUGUUGCAUUGUGGUGAUGAAGCUUCUUUUAUUCAAGACAGAACGGGGCGAGAAUUUCGAAACGAAUCCGGAUCGUCCUGUUUUGUUUGAAAACGAACUUUUGUUCCUCUCAAAGAGUGGACCGAAUGAAUUUAACAAUAUGCUCACGAGUUCAUUGCAGCAUCAGUUCAAUACCAGUGCCAAUUUUGAGAAAUUGGUUAACUGGAAAGUUUAUGACGAAGUUGAUUUUUCUAAAAACUCAAUUCAUUCACAAAUGUUGUUCCAUGUCUUUAUCAUCUUAUCUAUAUUUGCUAUCCAGAUCGCGAAGCGCAACCAGUCAGAGUUGAGAACUACCAGAGAUAACCCUACAAGCGACAUCAAACAAUUAAAUCAGCGGUAUAUUCUCGUAUUGCAAUUAUUGUCUAAGGUUGAAGGAUUUUUGCAAGAAAGUUUUCGAAACACGAAAUCGGAACAGGAAAUUGCUAAUCUUUAUCUAUACUCUUCGUUUAAGAGUGAAGAUGUAUUCGCAAACCACGGAACCAAUCAUGGAGGGAACGAGGCAGAUAUCAAUGGGCUCCUUGGAAACCACAAUUACUUUGCCCACAGUUUGGAAAAGUCGCUUUACAUUUUGAAAAUUGGAGAGUUGAUGUUGCGUCAUUUGUACGAGUCUAACAUCAAGAUCUGCAUUUUCAAGAAGCUAAGUGAGAGUCUUAGUCAAGUACGCAAGUUUUUGAUUGACGAUGAAACGCGGAUCCUUGCUCUCUAG